AUGCAAUAUCCUGACCGUUGGGAAUAUUUCUGGAUCGACGCACUUUGCAUCAAUCAAGCAUCUGUCGAGGAGAAAAGCGAGCAGGUAGCCAUGAUGAAGGACAUCUUCUGGUCAGCCAAAUUUGUGCUCGCCUGGCUCGGGCCCGAGGCUGACGACAGUGCAUUCGCGAUGCGCGUUCUUGACGAUAUGCAGAUCCAUGGCUACAGUCUAUUGAGACUCAAGGAGGAUGGACAAGAACUGUGCCUGCAGGCUGUGCGUAAGCUUUUCAGACGACCCUAUUGGACACGCUUGUGGGUUGUGCAAGAGUUCGUGCGAGCACGCGAAGUUCUCCUCCGAAGUGGCGACGCGGGGGCCACUGUCGGGAACCUGUCCUAUUACCCAGACAAUUCACUAUCAUCCAUAUUUGAGGAUGUAGAACUUCGGAAUUUCCUUUCAUUCAUGGGUAUGGUGGAUAGCAGGCAUGUUUACAAAGUCAAGGAGGUCCCGAUACUGACAGAUGUCAUUCUUGAUUUUGCGGAACUUGAAUGCUCAGACAUUAGAGAUAAAGUCUUUGCCCUUUUGAGUCUCUCAAGCCUCAUCAAGUAUCCUGCUCCAAAUUACUCAGCUACCAAGGAACAGGUAUUCCUCGGAAUAAUUGAAGAAGAAAUCAAAUGGAUUGCUCAGAGUAACUAUUAUUACGAAGAAACGUUCGAGUCAUGGGAGACGAUGUGUGUGCGCUUCGGUGGCAUCCUAGGAAUCGAUGACGAGAUUGCGAAGGUGUACGCGUAUCUCAUAUAUGAGGGCAAAGACUCCGCAGGUGGUGGGAAGGAGUAA